UUGCACAGUCUCUACUCUCAGAACUAAAGCCCUCUGCCUUGAAAGCAACACUUCUAUCCCUCUUCUCGACCCAACUUUGGCCAUGGAGAACCAGAAGAGAUGCAAUGUCGUUAAAUUGAAGAAACCUCGCGCGCUGUUCAGGUCCUACUCGCACAGCGUCUCUGGCGAGGCAGGCGGUGAAGGCACCAGGAUCUCCGUGUCGACCAGAGGCAGGGUCUCCGACUAUAGGAACAACUACGCUUUUGAGGACUUCGGCGGGCUGCUGGCCAUCGGGGACGAGAAAGUAGCGAUGAAGCAACUGAACGACCGCCUGGCCAGCUACAUGGAGACGGUGAAGAUCAUGGAGAAGGCCAACAACAGCCUGGAGAUCAAAAUCCGGGAGACGAUCGAGAGAAGGGGCCCGAUGGAAGGGAGCGACUACAGCAACUACAACGCGGCCAUCGGAGAUCUAAGAGCCAAGAUCUUGGCCAUGAUCAAGGGGAAUACAAGACUUGCCAUUCACCUAGACAACGCCAAACAGGCCGCCGACGAUUUUCGGAUCAAGAUGCACUACGAGUUGGCCAUGCGUCAGACCGUGGAAAGUGAUACUUCUAAUCUCCGUAAGAUACUGGACGACACCAACCUGGGUCGUUUGUACUUGGAGAGCGAGAUCGAGACACUGACCGCAGAGCUGAUCACCCUGAGGAAUACCCAUAAGGCGGAAGUUGCUGAAUUGCGUGUCAAGAUCACUCACGCCGGAGUCUUUGUGGAUGUCGACGCCCCUAAAGGCCAAGAUCUGGCGAGGAUAAUGGACGAGAUGAGGGAGAAGUAUGAGAAGAUCAUGGAGAAGAAUAAGCAGGAGGCGAAAGAGUGGCACGAGUGCCAGAUGAAAGAGAUCAAGGAAAGAGUGACGGAGAGUACCACAGCCCUGAAAGAAUCCACCUCGGUGGUUUCUGUAACCAGGAAGAAGUUUCAGACAUUGGAAAUUGAACUGCAGUCACAUAUGAGCUUGAUAGACUGCCUAAAGGCCAAUUUAAGAGACAUCCAAAUGCGCAGAAGCAUGGAUAUGGAGAAGUACAAUGGGAUCCUGGUGCACCUACAGGAGCAGCUCUCUAAUCUCCGUGACGACAUUUCUGAAUCUGCAGGACAGUACCAGGUCCUCCUCGACAUCAAAGUCAAACUGGAAGCUGAGAUCGAGGAAUACAGGAGAUUGUUGGGCGGAGAGGUCGACAAAAAGAAGAUGGUCCAGACCCAAGUGUUGACGGUCACUCAGACUCUGGUGAACGGCAAAGUCGUGUCAGAGAGCAGGGACGUCAAAUCCAAUGAAGAAGAGCUAAUUGCAUAGAAACAGGAAGAAAACAUGCAAAACUACAAUAAAAUAACGUAUACCAAGUUUU